AUGAACCGCCAGCAGGGCUACAGAAGGUUACUAAAGUCUGCGCAGAGUGCAGCGUGGAAAUCGCGGCGUUCACAGAAGCAGCUCCAUCGUCUUCUGCGGAAUGAGUUUCAAGUGGCUGGGGCGUUUGGGGGGAGUGAGGAAUUGACUACGCGUGUGAAAGCCACCGAGCAUUUUCACCGUGAAGCUACCAACACGGGCACAACGGCACACAAGGUUAUCAAAAAUAUCACAGACAUAUACCAUUCCCAUACUUCACCAAAAAAUACACGCAAUAGACGCAAGACGGUCGCUGCGGGGAGGUGGAAUGCACUCGACCCGCCACAACCCACGGCCACCACCAAAGCAGCACAGAAAAUGCACUUAAAACACGCAGAAGCUGUAGACAGGAUGCGUUAUAUAAACCGUGCUCCGCUCUGGCUGGGCGAAGUGGUGGCCCAGGCGGAGCAAACAUCGGGAGUAAUUCUGGGCAGGUUGAGGGGUGGAGAAGGUGGAGAAGGUAAAGGGGAUGAGCGGUAG